CUCGGCGAUUCGCUCAAGCUCAGUCAACCUUCAUCUACUGGCUGUGACCAGCUCUCUCAACGAUGAAAGGCCGCUUUACCGUGAACCCGUUCAACGAGUUACGUCUAACCCCUUCCGAUAUCGCCGACCUUGAAUCACUCGUCGGGUCCAUUCUGGAUGCAAACAUCUCACGCUUCGAGGAAUUUCUCUUCAAGGAGCAUUGUCGUAUCGACGCGAACCACUGGAAGUUGGUCAAGAGCCGAGACAACACCAAGGUCUAUUCGGAACGCAACUUCGGCUCCUCCCGUGUCGGUCCUCAGAUCCCCGGUGCGUCAAUCGACUUGCCUUCUCUACUGUGCUUCGGUACUGCUGUCGGUGACUUGGAAGACAUGAUGUUUGGUGUCGUCAACCCGACUUUAGAAGCCAUGCGUAUCAAGGCCUCGUACGUCGACGAUAUCAGCGGUGCAGCCGUCUUGUCGACCAUUACGGAGCCCUCGAUCGAAGAACCUUUCAAGUCUCUAGUCGUUAAGUGGAUGGAGUUCGAUCUCCCGUUCCAGUCGAUGGGUUUGGUGAGGAACCGUGACUACAUUUACGCCGAGGCGACGAAUAUUGUGCACCUCUCGAACGGCGAAAAGGUCGGAUACCACAUCUUGCACUCUGUCAACUUUCCCGAGACUCACGACCUCCCCGGACGUGUCCGUGCUAACACGUCGAUUUGCGGUAUUUUCCGUCAAGUGCGUGCCAACGCAUGCGAGAUCUACGUCACCGGUCUCAUGGAUCCGGGUGGUGAUAUGAUCCGCAAGCUGAUGGUGCCUAACAUGGCAACGACGUUCCUGUCGACGCUCAAGUAUGCACACUGCGGGCAGAUGAAGAAGCUCUCUUGGAUGCUAGAGAAGCGAUACACUGAAGCCAAAGAGCUGGGCACCCCAAAUCGCGAGCUUAUCUGCGUGACCUGUGCGUGCCCCAUCACUGGUCGCAGACUGGGCGACUUUGGCAAGAGUGAUAGUACUUGCAAGCUCUGCUUUGGCCACGCCUGCCACAACUGCAAGAUUUCCAAGAAACUAAGCUUUGUGACGCCCGAUCUGCUACUGGCCCAACGGAAGGUCACGUUCUGCGCAGUCUGCGUCAAUGAAGCGAUGAAAGCGCCUGCCACAGAGGCGGCACGAGCACAGAUUAUCGCUACAGGUGGAGGAGGAUACAAGAGCAUUCCUUACCCGUCGAAUGCAUCUACUGCCAGCUCAAUCUCCGAUAAUUCCAUGUACUAGUGUCCUGCAUGUAAGAUAGUGGCAGAUCGUUAAUCUUUGAAUUGAAGAUGCUUGUUAGAUA